AUGGAAGAAGCCAACCAGACAAAUGUCAGCUACUUCAUCCUACUGGGAUUCACUACCACUGCAGAGCUUCAGAUUCUUCUCUUUGUCCUAUUUCUCAUUGCAUACUUAAUGAUCCUCAUGGAGAAUUUGAUAAUCAUCACAGUGAUUUGGAUCAAUAAUAAUCUUCAUAAACCCAUGUACCUCUUUUUGUGUAACCUCUCCUUCCUUGAAAUCUGGUACAUCACAGUAAUUGUUCCUAAAAUGUUGGGAGAUUUUCUAUCACAAGACAAACGAAUCUCCUUCCAAGGUUGUCUAACACAGCUAUAUUUUUUUGUUACCUUUGUUUGCAGUGAAUAUAUUCUUCUAGCUGUGAUGGCUUAUGAUCGGUACUUAGCUAUAUGCUAUCCACUUCGUUACCCAGUCCUCAUGAACAAUAAUUUCUGUGUUCAGCUUUCAGCAGGAUGCUGGAUAUGUGGUUUACUCACCUCCAUGGUCAAACUGAGCUUUAUUGGCCGGCUGAAAUACUGUAGCACUUACAAGAUCAAUCAUUAUUUCUGUGAUAUUUCACCCCUCCUGAAUGUUUCUUGCACCGAUUCUUCAAUAGCUGAACUGGUAGACUUCAUCUUGGCUCUAAUGGUUAUCAUGGUUCCCCUCUGUAUGGUUGUUACAUCAUACAUCUAUAUCAUUUCAACAGUUCUGAAGAUUCCUUCAGCUCAGGGAAGAAAGAAGGCUUUUUCUACAUGCAGUUCUCACCUUACAGUUGUUAUACUCUUUUACUCCACCACACUCUUCACCUAUGCACGGCCCAAAGCUAUGUAUGCCUACAACUCCAACAAACUUGUGUCAGUGCUCUACACUGUGAUAGUUCCUCUUUUGAACCCUCUAAUAUAUUGCCUCAGAAAUAAAGAGAUAAAUUGUGCCUUGCGGAAGACAUUUUUUCGCUAA